UAACACUUCAUAGCAUUGGCAUAAACAUUAUUGACCUUCCUUAGUCAUAAACUUAAAUACUGGCCUUCUCGGAACUCAAAAUGACUUAAAAGGGCACACCAGUACAAACUGAAAUAGAGGAAAGAUCCAUGAUGAGUAAUCCCCGGUCAUGAGUGAGUUGUCCGUCGCCUAUUGCCCCGAUCGAUCUGUGAGUCAUCAAUCAAAUCCGCCGAGAGCCAAACACACAGCCGCAUUCCAGUGCCUUCACCUGUUUUAUUUGCGGAAUACGAAAGAAAGGGAGAGAAAGCAAACAAAGGACACAGCCAGAGAGAGCGAGAUCGAGAUCGAGACAGAGCGAGAGCGAUAGCGAGAUGGAUGUGGAGGAGAACUACGAGAACGCCGCCGAGAUGCAGAACAUGAAUAUGAAUCUGAAUCUAAAUCCGAAUCCCAAUCCAAACUCGGACAGCCAGCAGCAGCAGCAACAACAGAUGCAAUGUGAACCGUUAUUCGGACUCACAACCAAUACAACAACAACCACAAAUCCCAUGAUGGCCAUACCCCUGCCCGCGCCCCCCGGAAUGCUGCCCCACUCCGCCCCGAACAUCAGUCCGAAUUCGAAUCUGAAUCCCAAUUCGAAUGCGAAUCCCAGUCCAUCCGCACCAUCCACAAACGCAUCCGCAUCCACGAUCAAGUGUCUGCCGACGAAUGACUUCGACAUCGACUCCCUGCUGCUGCAACAGUUCAGCUGCAUGGGCACCACGGAUCACGAGGACCUCAUCAGCCAGUUCCAGAGCCUCAUGAACAACCAGAUGAACCGGGAAUCGGCCAGGUUUUACCUCGAGAUGAGUAACUGGAGCCUGCAGAUGGCGGUCGGCUGCUAUCUGGACUUCUGCAGUUUACAGUCGCUGCCUUCGAUGAAGAUCGUCCAGGGAAAGCACCUGAAUGCUCAGCAGCAGGCGUUUCAGCUGCAGAACGAUGGCACCGAGCGCUGGCCGAACAAUUGCUAUCUGACCUCGCCCAUCCAGACGCAGCGCAUCAAUGUGCCCGCCCUGCGUCCAGGUGAAACUUGUGAUAUCCUGGCGGAUCUGAUGCCCACGCAGCCGCCGAUCAUGUGGCGGCUGUGCACUCCAAAUGGCUGGUACUUUGGCGAUGCCAUAUGGAUGAUACCGCCGGGCACGCAGGCCAGCCAGGACGAGCUGCAGCAGCGGAUGGUGCAGCUGAUCACGUCGGAGGCCAAGCCGGAUGUGUAUCCGCAAAUCAACAUCGUGAUAACCGCGCACACCCAAUGAACGCGGCGUCCAGCAUCUAGCAUUCGGCAUCCUCCUCCGUUUUCGAGCUGGGUCCUUGGUCCCAAAACUCAUCGAUAGCAUUUCAUGAACCUGCGCGAAUGAUGUAACGUUUACGAUAUGACUAGACUUUUCCUUUUCCCUUUCCCCCUUUUUUUCAAAUAGGCAUAAUGUUGUUCUCAGUAGUUGAUUUGUAUACAGGAAAGGAACUUUUAUACACAUGAGUAUGUAGUAGCCAACGCCAUUCACAUGUACAAUACAAUAUAUAAUUCAUAUAUAUAUAUAUACAUACAUACAUAUACUACACAGCCCCAUGUUUAACUAGAGUUUGAGUUCGAUUGCAGGACCCUUCGUUGCUCCUCCCACUUUUGCCCCCUCCUUCAUUUUGGUGUCAAGACGGAUCAGCUUUAUAUAUAUAGUAUAUAUAUCAAUAUAUCGAGACGGGAGCGAAGGGUGCGCGGCAAUAGUUCUCUAGAGAGAGCGAAAUAAAUCGAAAUCGAAAGUGAAAGUGAAAGUGAGAAUCAGAAUUAGAAUCAGAAUUAGAAUCAGAAUCGUGUGGCCACAUUAUGUUCUGUUAGUUUUUAGGCGGUAAAGUUGUGUGUGCGUGCGAUUGUUUAAUGCAUAAUUGAGCCUUUUUUUUCAGUAAUUUAAAUUCCUAUUUUUUGAGUAAUCGAGAAGCAUGAAAGCUGAGAAAUAUGUAACAAAAUUAGACCUAAGUGUUUUAUUGAGCAAAAACAAGAAUGAAGCGGAAGGAUUAAGAAA